CAAAACUUUAGGUUUAAUAACUAACUGAACGCAGCACUAAGCGUUUGCUUAUAACAACUAAGCGGAACUCAAAAAAUGAAGCUUGCAAUAGCAUUGUUGGUUUCGCUUAUUUCCCAACUCCACUUUGUGGACGUCAAAGGUAGUGUGAUAAGCCAUCCAGCAACUACUGUAAUUGGCGGCAUCUCUUUACAACCUAUAUCUCUUAUUUCUGUCAGCAAACCUGACGACGAUGGCAGCUGGAAAGAUAGUGUUGAAGAUGCUGAUGAUGGCUCUUACAAGCCGCAGCCCGGUAAUGAAGGCGAAUGGAUUGAUGAUGUAACAGCUGAAAAUUCAAAAAAGCACAGCGCUUCUGUGAAUUCUGUAAGAUUAACGUCAAUUUGGAAUGAUGCUAAAAUUUCAACUUUGCCCAACCUUCAGCCUAUAAAUAAGCAAAUAGUCGCUCCGGCAAUUGUUACUCAACACAGCCCACCUUUAAUUUCUACUGUUGGUACUGCUCUUCUGAAAAAUGAUGGCGUAGCAGAUGGAACAUAUGCACAAAUACCUAUAAUAUCAAAUGCAAAGGAUGCAUUACACACGGAUGUUAGUUCCACAGUUGUAGCAAGUAGAAUUGCUACUAUUGGUCCAAAUGCAGUCAAUGGUUUACAAAGCAAUAAUCAUGUGAUUAACCAAGUAAAUUCUGAAUUAAUUACCAACAAUCCGUUGGAUAUAUCCAAAGGUGUAUACAACAAUCAAGUUGUAGCGAAAAAUAUUGGUACUGGCAUAAAUCCAAAUACUUUGGUAGCCAAGUCUGUUAUUACGCAACCAACUAAUUUAUUCACGAAUAAGCUAGAAACAGCUGCUGUGUCUUCAAAUAUUGCAACACAACCCAUAUCUUUACUCGCUAACCAGUUGAUUCAAAAAAAUAUCGCCUCAGCUUCAUCUUUGGUUGGAAACCAACCUACUGUUUUACUUACCAACCAACCGAGUACAAAAGGCAUCAUCAGUGCCGUCAGUCCUAACGCUAUUGCAGUCCCCAAUGAUGCUAUAAGUCAGCAAGAAAUCUUGAAUUCCAACAUAUUAGCUCAACAAGGACUAGAUACUCACUUAGAUUCACGUGGACUCAUCACUGUGAACGGUAAUAUUAACAAUGAACAAAAAUCAAUUAUCGCUGAAGCUGCAAUAAGCCAACCCAAUUCAUGGAUUCCGAAUCACUUACCUACACAGAGUCUCAAUGCACCUCUCGAACAAAACCCUGCUUUAAUUUCUAAUGGAGCCAUACGUGAAUUAAGUGAUUGGGAUCCUAAUCAAUUAGCAACUCAAAGCAUUAGUGCUCCUCUUAAUCAAAACAAUGCUUUUAUUACAAAAGCAGCGUCCAUACCAUCAAGUGCUUUGCUUAGUAACCAAUUAGUUCAACAAAGCAUCAAUACAAUAAGAGAUCCAAACCAAGCAAUCGCUGUCAAUGACGUACAGAAUGCUAAUGCACACAUCGCUAAUAUAGAUGCUAGUCAAACAGGCACUUUAGUCCAAUCAAGCAGUUUAGUUUCUAACGGAAACUUAGAGCAACCAAGUGCUUUAACUACUAACCAAUUACCUUUACAAGAUAUCAAUGGUGCUAUCAAUCCUAAUGUUGUAUUGAUUAGACAGCAACCAAAUUCUUGGACUCCCAAUGAAUUACUUCAACAAGCUAUUCCUGUAGCCAUUAAUCAGAAUCGUCCUGCGGUCGUUGAUGGUAAUAUUGUAAAUGCACAAAAUACUUUAGUUGCUAAUAGCGAUAAUGUCCAUAAUGUCCCCAAUAAUCCGAAUAUUAUUCACAGCCAACCAAAUGCUUGGGUUUCCAAUCAAUUCGCUGCUCAAGCUAUCAAUUCAGAAGAUGAGACUAGCCCUAGCUCACAAAAUACUUUAGUUGCUAACGGCGCUAAUGUCGAUAAUGUCUCCAAUAAUCCGAAUAUUAUUCAAAGCCAACCCAAUGCUUGGAUUUCCAACCAAUUCGCUGCUCAAGGUAUUAAUUCUCCUCUGGAUCGAAAUAGUGGCUUAAUUGCAAACAUUGCUCCUACUGAACUAAAUGGUCUUGUCCCUAAUCAAUUAAUUGAGCAAGGCACUGCAGCAGCCGCUGAUUUAAAUCCUGUUACUUCAGAAGAUGGCAGCAUCCCUAACUCACAAAAUACUUUAAUUGCAAAUGUUAAUUUGAAUCAACAAAAUCAAUUGCUUGCAAACCAAUUGAUUAAUCAAAAUAUUAAUCCAGACAUAGCAACUGUUGCUGAUGUCAGAGAUCGAAAUGCAGUAAGUGCUGAUAAUGGUGCAAGUCAACAAGGCGGAUGGCUUUCUGACCAAUUACAGGAACAACGUUUACUAAUUGGCGAAGUACCACAACAAAAUACUUGGGAAAAUAGUCAAUUAACAAGAGAUGAUGUUAAUGGAGCGGUAGAUGAAAGUCAAAAUUUACAAGUUGGCGGAGCUAAUAAUCCUGAAGUAGCUAAUGUUCAAGAACAAAAUAAUGGUAUUGGAGUAGUAGCUAAUGAUGUUCCAUGGUCUAAUGAAUGGAAUAGUUUAAUCGAUUUAAAUAGCCGUCGUUUAGCAGGUAGUGGUGUAGAAAUUGGAAGAACAACAAGUUUAAAUGAAUUCGGAAUGCUAAGAGAAACAGGUGAUGUAGGUGGUACGGGUGGUGCGGGUGGUCAAGGUGGACCAGGUGGAGCAGGGGAUAUAGGAGGUGUAGGAGGUGCUGAUGGUGAAACUGGUGCUGAUGGUGAAUCAGGUUCCAGAGUGGUUAGAACCUCCUCGCUUUGGAGUAGAGAUAAUUUGUUACAAUUGGCUCAGAAUACUAAAAGUCAAUUUCGUGGACCCAUCGUUGUGGCAUAAAAAUAAUAGUACUCUGGACGUUGGAUCUUUAUUCCUAUAAACUGUGUUGUUUUAAUAUUUUUCAUUAAGUUAUAUUAAAUUUUCAAUAUGUAUUAACGAAUUCA